AUGCCAAAAAAAGUGAUAACAAGGCGUCAGCGCAAAGCUGCAGAGUCCAAGCGAAAAGCUGAAGAAGAAGCGCAUCAGAAAGGACCUGGACCCUUACCAACGGGUGGUGUGAAUCAAUCUAGAGAUUUAAUGGUAAGCAAAAGAGCUGAAGAAAUGCCUAAGGCGAUUUUGGGUAGAAACAAGAAGGAUGACAAGACAGAACUACUGACUUCGAACCAAGCUGGCGAUAAAUUACAGAAUACGGAACAACCAUGUGAUGCUCUGCAAAAAAUUCGAAAAUCUAGUUAUAGAAAAUCAUUUCUCUCGGAGGUCAAAAAAAGUGCCUUGAACUUGGAACAAGUUUUUACUACCUCUACUACCUGGUAUGACCAGAAUAACAAAUCCCUUUCACAGGAAUCAAUGACAGCCAGUAAAGCGACUGACACUAUUAAUAUUAGAACAGCUGCUAACUCGGUCUUCCCAUUGGUAUCCAAAAUUUGCAAACAAAUUAAGUCUCAUUUGCAUACGGUCCUUCCCAAGCGAAACGGUCUGGGGUCAAGUCCCCAACAUCUAAGGGAAAAAGGAGCCCAGCGAACUCCAGAUUUUCAGUUGAAGGUCAACGAGCUCAUGAGUUUAAAGACGGACCCUUUGCUAGGAUCGGGGAUAAAUAUCCAAAGUGAUCAGAACCUCGAAGGAGAAAGUUGGACCCCGGCUGUCCUUCCAAUGGAGCCGAGAUCGGAGACAAAUCCGAGCUCUGGGUACGAACCACUAAAGGUCUUGGGCAACACGGGCUACUUUAUUUUGACAGGCACCAAUGCUCGGCAGGCCCUUCAGCUUACUGAACUUGCGAGAAAGAACGUUGAUGUCCAAUCAUAUUUGCAGCUACCAUCCGAGAUGAUGGAACAAGUAGAAGAACAGCUAGUUGAGCUCGACAGAAACCGUGAACAAAUUCUGGAGAAGAUGCGUAAUAAGCAUACAAUUCUGGCACUGCCACGAGCAUCGCGAGAAAAGAAGCAGCAAAAAACAAAGAAACAAAUCUAAUCAUUUUUAAGUCUUAAUACCGUGAAACCAAAUAAAAGGUCCAAAGAAUGCAAACAAGCCUAAAUCAAUUCGAUGUGUUAUUAAUUUGGUUUAUUUUCCCGUUACUCGUAGAGUAAACGGAUAUAUUGUCUUCGUUGGAAAGAAGUUAACAGGUAGA